AUGAUCGCCAGACGGGAGCACGACGAUAAUGCCCUGGCCGUAAGAGAAUACACCAACACACUCACACUCACAUCGGCACUCACAUCGGCAGUCAUUUGCGGGACGUGACGUGUCGGCAAGAGAAGACGAAUCCAUGGUGGGUGGAAGUCCAUCAUACUCAGAAUAGUCACUCCCUUACUUACUCGGCUGUGGAUGUAUGUCAGGCGUCCAGCAGCACUUACCCCACCCCCUCACCACAGGAGAACACCCAAAACCUCGGCGGCGACAGCGAGCCCUCCGCCACCUCGGCCCGAUCGAUGCAGAUGCACCUCCAGCGCGUCUCACUCGACCCAAAAGUAAUCGCACUGCUGCCUGUUCUGUGCAAGGUGUAUGAUUCUACUUGCCUAUACAGGUUGCGCAAAUGGAGCAGACUAGAGAGGUGUGUGACAAGAUUAUCGACAUCAUAGAACCGAUGGUUGCGGCGGUCAUGGAUGACGGUCAGCAAUCAUACUCAGACCAGACACUGACUCAGACACAUGAGUGGGAAGGACUUCUCAUGCACACGCUCAUGUGGAUGUGAACGUGCAGUGAAGGCUGAAUGUCGAAACAAGAUCUACAACUACCUCCUCACCCUCCCCAUCAACCAGAAUGCCCAAGACGGCAACGAGACCACCGACAUCAAGGCCGAUACCAAGACCGCCACUCGCGAGAUCAGCGCCAUCACCACCUCCACGAAGACGGGCGGCACUGAUGGCUCCUACACUGACAGCUCUUCAAGCCUCUUGGAUUUCGACCCUCAUGGAGAGCACUGCAUCUUCGACUACCAACCCCUCAUGAUCGCCAGAUGUUAG